AUGCUGGUUGAAAUGGUGAUCUUCAACCAGGAAGAGGCCAACUUGAACACCUUCAACCCGCAGAUGGCCCCCAACCCUUUGCUCCGCUAUGACGUGGUUAGUGUGAAGAAUUAUAUUCCGAAGAUUUUCAAAAGUACGGCUCACAGUUUGGAAAGAAAAUGAUAGUAUUAUUCAGCUUGUCAUAGUUCACAUUUAGAAUAAAAUGUAAUACGAUUUGAAGAAACAAAUUUAAUCCAAUCAAUUAUCAAAUGAAAACCAGCAGAAACGCAAAAUUUUUGUUUCAGUGAUGCUGGUUGAAAUGGUGAUCUUCAACCAGGAAGAGGCCAACUUGAACACCUUCAACCCGCAGAUGGCCCCCAACCCUUUGCUCCGCUAUGACGUGGUCAGUGUGAAGAAUUCUAUUCCGAAGAUUUUCAGAAGUACGGCUUACAUUUUGGAAAGAAACUGAUAGUAUUUUCAGCUUGUCAUAGUUCACAUUUAGAAUAAAAUGUAAUACGAUUUGAAGAAACAAAUUUAAUCCAAUCAAUUAUCAAAUGAAAACCAGCAGAAACGCAAAAUUUUUGUUUCAGUGAUGCUGGUUGAAAUGGUGAUCUUCAACCAGGAAGAGGCCAACUUGAACACCUUCAACCCGCAGAUGGCCCCCAACCCUUUGCUCCGCUAUGACGUGGUUAGUGUGAAGAAUUCUAUUCCGAAGAUUUUCAAAAGUACGGCUUACAUUUUGGAAAGAAACUGAUAGUAUUUUCAGCUUGUCAUAGUUCACAUUUAGAAUAAAAUGUAAUACGAUUUGAAGAAACAAAUUCAAUUCAAUCAAUUAUCAAAUGAAAACCAGCAGAAACGCAAAAUUUUUGUUUCAGGGAUGCUGGUUGAAAUGGUGAUCUUCAACCAGGAAGAGGCCAACUUGAACACCUUCAACCCGCAGAUGGCCCCCAACCCUUUGCUCCGCCAUGAGGAGGUCAGUGUGAAGAAUUCUAUUCCGAAGAUUUUUGAAAAGUACGGCUUGCAUUUUGGAAAGAAACUGAUAGUAUUUUCAGCUUGUCAUAGUUCACAUUUAGAAUAAAAUGUAAUACGAUUUGAAGAAACAAAUUCAAUCCAACCAAUUAUCAAAUGAAAACUAGUAGAAACUAAAAUCUUUUGUUUCAGUCAUGCUGGUUGUAUUGGUGAUCUUCAACCAGGGAGAAGCCAACUUGAACACCUUCAACCCGCAGAUGGCCCCCAACCCUUUGCUCCGCUAUGACGUGGUUAGUGUGAAGAAUUAUAUUCCGAAGAUUUUUAAAAAGUACGGCUUACAUUUUUGGAAAGAAAACUGAUAGUAUUUUUCAGCUUGUCAUAGUUCACAUUUAGAAUAAAAUGUAAUACGAUUUGAAGAAACAAAUUCAAUUUAAUCAAUUAUCAAAUGAAAACCAGCAGAAACGCAAAAUUUUUGUUUCAGGGAUGCUGGUUGAAAUGGUGAUGGCUCACCAGGACAGGGCCAACAUGAACAGCUUCAACGCGCAGAUGGCCCCCAACCCUUUGCUCCGCUAUGACGUGGUUAGUGUGAAGAAUUAUAUUCCGAAGAUUUUGAGAAGUACGGCUUGCAUUUUGGAAAGAAACUGAUAGUAUUUUCAGCUUGUCAUAGUUCACAUUUAGAAUAAAAUGUAAUACGAUUUGAAGAAACAAAUUCAAUCCAAUCAAUUAUCAAAUGAAAACCAGCAGAAACUCAAACUUUUUGUUUCAGUGAUGCUGGUUGUAAUGGUGAUCUUCAACCAGGGAGAGGGCCAACUUGAACAGCUUCAACGCGCAGAUGGCCCCCAACCCUUUGCUCCGCUAUGACGUGGUUAGUGUGAAGAAUUAUAUUCCGAAGAUUUUUAAAAAGUACGGCUUACAUUUUGGAAAGAAAACUGAUAGUAUUUUUCAGCUUGUCAUAGUUCACAUUUAGAAUAAAAUGUAAUACGAUUUGAAGAAACAAAUUUAAUCCAAUCAAAUUAUCAAAUGAAAAACCAGUAGAAACUAAAAAUCUUUUUGUUUCAGUCAUGCUGGUUGUAAAUGGUGAUCUUCAACCAGGAAGAGGGCCAACUUGAACACCUUCAACGCGCAGAUGGCCCCCAACCCUUUGCUCCGCUAUGACGUGGUUAGUGUGAAGAAUUAUAUUCCGAAGAUUUUCAAAAGUACGGCUUACAUUUUGGAAAGAAAACUGAUAGUAUUUUCAGCUUGUCAUAGUUCACAUUUAGAAUAAAAUGUAAUACGAUUUGAAGAAACAAAUUUAAUCCAAUCAGUUAUCAAAUGAAAACCAGCAGAAACUCAAACUUUUUGUUUCAGGGAUGCUGGUUGAAAUGGUGAUGGCUCACCAGGACAGGGCCAACAUGAACAGCUUCAACGCGCCGAUGGCCCCCCAACCCUUUGCUCCGCUAUGA